CACUAAAAGCGCGAGCUAGGCGGAGGGAGAGGAGAUUUGCCGCCGCCGCCAGGCUGCCGCCGUCACCGCCACCGCCGCCCCCGUGUAGCUUAGGGCCGAUCGAUCUGCUCGCGCUCGCUCGCGCGCCGCCACCGCGAUCCACACAUGGCGACUGACGCCUGUCAGGCGCUGCCGUUCGAUCCGUGGCGUUGUUCUCUCAGGGCUAGGACAUGGUUUUUCUCGGUGCGCUGGUGAGGUGAGCGAAUGCCAGCAUUUCUUCCAGGCGAUCCGUGCUUGUGUCUGAUCGAUGCCUCGAUUUGUGGAUCAGGCUUGUCGCGCAUUGGGUGGGGAUAAUCCGGCCGCGAGAGGGAAAGAUAGAUGGCUUCUACUUCGGCAUCGUCGAGAAGAUCUAGCUCCCCGUUUAGAUUUAGAAGGCCGUCGUCAGUGAAUGGUAGAAUCCCUGGAUUCCAGCCCGCCUCGCCGUCCUCCAUUUCUUCGCCGUCGUCGACUGGUAGAGCCUCUCUCGGUGGUGGCGGCGGUGGUAGCCACAGGUCUCUCACGCCGACUAGAUCCAGGAGUAGCAGCCAGGCUCUCAUGACCCCUCCAUCGAUGAAGUACUCUUCCUUCAAUGGGGGUUCCAGUCCUUUCACGCCUUCUUCUUCCUCGUCAAUGUUUGAUAGAGUGGAGUUUAUCAACAGGGCCAAGGAGAGCAUCUCCGUGACCGUUCGCUUUCGGCCAUUGAGUUCUAGAGAAAUCCAAAAGGGUGAUGAAGUUGCCUGGUAUGCCGAUGGUGACACGACUGUAAGGAGCGAAUACAAUCUGGCUACAUUCUACGCUUUUGAUCGAGUUUUCGGCCCCGCUACAACGACGAGAGGCGUUUACGACAUCGCCGCGCAACAUGUUGUGGCAGCUGCUAUGCAGGGUGUAAAUGGAACAGUAUUCGCCUAUGGUGUUACCAGCAGUGGCAAGACUCACACCAUGCAUGGUGAUCAGAAAAGCCCUGGCAUCAUACCUUUGGCGGUGAAGGACGUCUUCAGCAUUAUCCAGGAUACUCCGGGACGGGAGUUCCUUCUGCGCGUAUCUUAUCUUGAGAUUUACAAUGAGGUGAUCAACGACUUGCUGGAUCCGGCAGGACAAAAUUUACGAGUCAGAGAAGAUGCUCAGGGAACUUAUGUCGAGGGUAUCAAGGAAGAGGUUGUCCUAUCACCUGCUCAUGCUUUGUCUCUGAUUGCUGCUGGUGAAGAACAUCGACAUGUUGGAUCAAAUAACUUCAAUUUGUUCAGCAGUCGAAGUCACACAAUAUUCACUCUGACUAUUGAAAGCAGUUGCCGGGGUGAAGAUUUUAGUGACGACGAGAUAACUCUCUCUCAACUGAACCUUAUUGAUCUUGCGGGGUCUGAGAGUUCCAAAACGGAAACAACUGGUUUACGACGUAAAGAAGGAUCCUAUAUCAAUAAGAGCUUGUUGACCCUCGGCACGGUUAUUUCAAAACUUAGUGAUGGCAAGGCAUCUCACAUACCUUAUCGUGACUCUAAGCUUACGCGUCUAUUGCAAUCUUCUUUGAGCGGACAUGGUCGUAUUUCGCUCAUAUGCACUAUUACUCCUGCUUCGAGUAGUACCGAAGAAACCCAUAACACCUUGAAGUUUGCUCAGAGAGCGAAGAGAGUGGAGUUGCAUGCGGCUCCAAACCGGAUAUUGGAUGAAAAAUCUCUGAUAAAGAAGUAUCAAAAGGAAAUCACACAUUUGAAGCAGGAACUGGAGCAAUUAAGAAGAGGACUAUUUGAACGACCAUUUGUAGUUUCGAACCAUGACGAUCUUCUAACUUUGCGCCAACAACUGGAGGCCGGGCAUUUGAAAAUGCAAUCUCGGCUCGAAGAAGAGGAACAGGCAAAAGCAGCUUUGAUGGGAAGAAUCCAAAGGUUAACGAAACUGAUACUGGUGUCAACCAAGAACACCAUUCCUCUGAAUCUCCCGGAAAAGAGUACACAGCGUAGGAGACAUUCUUUUGGGGAAGAGGAGCUUGCGUACUUGCCAGAUAAGAGACGAGAAGUUGCUGAGGAAGAGGAUGAUUCUACUACUGUUGGGCCCGAGUCAGAAAUAUCUGGAGAUGGAAAUUGCAUCAGUAGUAAUCCUGAUGAUGCAUCAAAAGAAGAAAAGAAGAUCAAGAAAAGAGGAAUGCUAGGAUGGUUUAAACAACUGAAGAAACACGAGAGUAUGCAUGCAGUUCCCGAGGAGCAUACUCCAAGCGGAUCAUCAGUUUCAUUUGAACCUCCAGUGGACUUUAAGUCUAGACGUAGAAAGUCAUUCAGUCGAAAACCAGACGAACUGCCUCCCAUCGUUGAUCCUUUUCCUGAACCGACGCAAGCAGGAGAACUCUUUAGCGCCACUGUACGUGGUCGAAGGCCCCCUCCGACUGGAACAACAAUGGCUGAUCAAAUGGAUCUUCUUCGGGAACAAAUGAAAAUGCUUGCUGGAGAGGUUGCCCUCUGCAGUAGUUCGCUCAAGAGGUUGUCUGAACAAGCAGUAACCAACCCUGAGGAUGACCAGCUUCACAUGCAAAUGCGGAAGCUGAAAGAAGAAAUUGAUGAAAAAAGACGGCAAAUGAGCAUUAUUGAGAAAAGGAUUGCUGGUUCGGCUGAAGCUUCAUCUACAAAUGCUUCUGGAUUUGAAAUGUCACAGACCAUUUCGAAGUUGAUCAGCCAGCUCCAUGAGAAGGCUUUCGAGCUUGAGAUAAAGUCCGCCGACAAUCGGAUACUACAGGAGCAGCUUCAAUCCCAGACGAACGAAAUCAAUGAGCUACAAGAAACGGUUGUCUCUUUGAGGCAAGAGCUCCAAGCAUCACUUGAAAAGAGAUAUUCUCAGCCAAAGAGUCGGAAACUGAGCAGGAGUUUCCUUGAGAAUGGUGCAGAUGACUUAGCCACUUGGCUAAAUUCUGAAAGCCUUUCCGAGGACUUGACAGGAGACUCUGACUUGGCUUACCCAAAGGAUGGAGAAGCAGACUUGGAUAGUCUUCGUGCGGAGCUUAUGGAACAGGCUGCUGAGUUGACAAAGCUAAAGAAAGACUAUACUCAUCUUUUAGAGGUAAAAGACGGCCUUUACUUGGAGAACCAGAACCUCAAUGAGGAAGCGUCGUACGCCAAGGAGCUUGCCUCUGCAGCGGCUGUGGAGCUGAAGCACUUGGCGGAUGAAGUCACGAAAUUGUCCCUUCAGAACUCAAAGCUCAAGAGCGAGUUGGCGGCAGCCGAAGCAUCGGUCUACAGAACAGGAACGGCCACUGUUUCAAAGGCAAACGCCAACAAGAUGGGUAGAAAUCCAGGUGCAGACGAAGAUAUCCUUUUGGAUGACUGCGAGCUGCUCCCGAAAGAAUCGUCACGGAACUAUCAAGAGCUGGAAAAGAAGCUCGAAGAAUCAAGACAGCGCGAAGUGUCUCUCGAGAGCGACCUGGCGAAUAUGUGGGUUCUGGUUGCGAAGCUAAAGAAGGAGAAAGAAGAAGCCGAGGCCGGCAGGAAGUUCUCCACUGAAAACGGUCACACGGACGGGAAUGGUGAACUGACAAUCAACGAAGAGACCGAGCAAUGGGGAACACUGAAGGAGCUAAAGGUGUAUCUGAAGGAUGAAAAACAGCGCGUCUCGGAGAUGGAGCGAUUCAUCUCCCAGCUCAAGAGCGAGAACCUCGAAGGCCUAGACAUCGAUGCGCUGGAGGAUCUCCAAAACCUUCAUGUAGAAGCGCUGACAAAGCUGUGCCAAACAAAGACGAGGAUUCAAGAGGAAAAGGAGCGCGAGAGCAGUAACGAUCCAGCUCCAGCUCCAGCUUCAAUCGACGAAAUCUUCGACGAGGACAGAGGAAGCCACGUUUGUAAGAUCUGCUUCGAGGCUCCCACGGCAGCUGUUCUUCUUCCUUGUCGCCAUUUCUGCCUGUGCAAGCCUUGCGCAGUUGCUUGCUCCGAGUGCCCGUUGUGCAGAAGUAGCAUCACUGACAGGAUAAUCACAUACACAUCGUAAAGAAACAAAGAAAGAUAAUCUAUCUUAAGCACAAAUCAAGUGUUUAACUUAAGCU